AAGCUCAUCAAUCCCCCGCACAUCAAAAGCUCAAGAUGGCGCCCCCUCAGCCCGAGCUCAAGAAAUACCUCGACAAGAGACUGUUUGUCCAGUUGAACGGCAGUCGCAAGGUUACGGGCGUCCUGCGAGGCUACGAUGUGUUCCUGAACAUUGUCCUCGACGAGGCUGUCGAGGAGACGGACGGACAGGGCCGAAAAAACAUUGGCAUGGUGGUCAUUCGCGGCAACUCAGUGGUGAUGCUCGAGGCGAUGGAGAGAAUCCCGGGCGACGAGCGAGGCGGACGAUGAAACGGCUCCCAUAGACGACCAGUGGGCGUGACGGUUCACGACCGUGGGGAAUGUACGGGAUGCAAUCAGUGUGUUUGGCUUGGCGUUAUUCGGUCGAGAGACGACGGCGACGCGGGAUUGGGAUUACACGCACACAAUGUUUUCUUGGUAUCUUGUCUGGUUAGAAGACAGCCCCCAGGGAGAUGCCGAAAUUCAUCCAAAUCACAGAAUAUGACGCUGCCGACCCCCUUUCCAAAAGCACACAGACCGACCGGAGACGAAGGGAAAAGAGGGGGAAAAAAGACUGGGCAAAAUAGGUACCAUUACGGGCCCUCGCUGCUGCUCCAGAACUUUGGGUCGUAGGCGUCCAUCAUCCUCCCGCCGUACGCCUUCUGCCACCCUUUGAUGCCGCCCUUGAGGAUGGCGGCCGUGACGCUCGCCUCGCCCAUCUCGUUGAGGUAGUCUUGCAUCCAGCCCGCGCAGCGGGGGCCUCUUCCGCUCGAGCUCCCUGUUGACGACGGCACACACGCGCGCGCGCGCCAAUCCGUCAGCCUCGCCCUCGUUUUCGGGUCUGCCGUUACGCUCCCC